AUGUAUUCAUCAACAUUAAAUUGUCCAUGUUCACGAUUUUCAAUGUCUCAUGCUAGAAUAAUGUCUCUUAUUCCUCGUUAUCAUUCGAUAUGUUCGAGUGAAUUUAUAAAAGAUAAUUGGUUAUCAUAUUUCGAUCGUGUAGAAUAUAAUGUUAGUGGUGUUGAAUUUUUAUCACCUGAUUUUCGAGUUGGUGGUCGAUCAUUUUUUGAACUAAUGAGUACAUUAUGUAAAGUAUCCCAAGAAAAAAUUGAAAAUGCAUUAAAAGUAUUUCGAUCGAAUCGAUUAGUUACUAUGCAUGUCUUAUCACCUGCACAAUUUAAUAUUGAAACAAUGGCACGUUUAAAACGAUUAGAACAACGAACUGUAAGUUCUUUUGAUAGUCUAAUUCAAUUAAUGCGUUCUGCUAUUAAAACCAAUCAAUUAGCUGAAGACAUGUUCACAGCUACUGCACCUACUUCAACAUAUAAUAACAAAACAUCACGAUGGUCAUUCUUUUUGCGAUCGAGAAAUUUUUAUACGAAUUCAUGUUCAUGUGCUUCAUCUAAUGAAUGUAGACGUCCAACUGGUUUUUAUUUUCAAACGAAUAAAGUCGCUGAUGAACCCAUUAUAACCAUACCCGGUUUAUAUCUUGGUUGUUAUAUAAUUGAUUCACUUCUUUUAUCUACAUUUGAAUGUUUAUAUGAAAAAAAUUGUAUCAGACUUCUUAUUGAUAAUUACAAUUUUGAUGUUGUUGGUUUAGUCCGAUCGCUGGAAGAAAAUGUUGCUCAAAUACAACCACUUCAGCAUGAAAAUAGUCGUUUUUAUCCGAAUACAACAAUAAGUGAGAUUGUUUCGGAAGCAUUUGUCGAAGAUUGGAUUAAUUCAACGAAUUAUACGUCAUAUUAUAAACGAUGUGCACCUUCACAAUGCACUUAUACUGUACAAAAACGUGUGAAUAUUGAUAUUUUAAUUAUAAUGCUUGGAUUUUAUGGAGGAUUAACAGUAAUUUUACAAAUUAUCUUGCCAUUACUUGUAGGAAUAUUCUUACAAGAAUGGUCCAAACGCAAACAAAAAUCAAAUUCAACAGCUAAUCCAAACGAUCUUGCAGCGAAUCCAAUAAUGAAUUCUCCAUGUUCUUCUUCAAAAAGACCUAAUCGUGCUUCCUAUCAAAUGCUCAAAAGACUGUCAUCAGUGAAUAUAUUUGUACAGCAUACGACCUUGAUAGACAAACAAUACCAAGAUCAAGAAAUUAUUGCUUCUCGCAUUUAUAUAUUUCUAUUUAUAAUAUGUAUAAUUGCUGUCAUUAUCUAUUAUGGUCCAUUGAAUCAAGAAACAGAAGUUGUUAAAAUAAAAUAUCCAACAAUGGAUGUUGUCAACAAUCUUCAUGAAAAGAACCUUUCAAGUCUCUCAUGUCCUUGCUCAAAAGUAGCUAUUCCCUAUUCAAGAAUUUUAUCCAUAAAACCCGAAUAUCAUUCAAUAUGCUCAAAUGAAUAUAUUUCUUCAUCAAGUGUCAUUAAUUUAAAAAAAAGUGACAGUAAUGUAUCAGCAUCAUUAAAUGCUCACUAUCGUUUGUUGUCCUCAUUAUGUGAGUCAUCUCAUCGUUUUAUUGACAAUGCUAAAGAAAUAUUAGAUACAUAUGAACUCAUUACUGUAGAAACAUUAACUCAUUCUUCAUUUGAUAUUCAAAUACAAUCGUUAAUAUCGAAAUUUAUUACUCAAAUUCCAGCUAAUUAUCGCCGUACUCUUUCAUUUAUAGUUGGUUCAUUUAGUGUUAAUCAAUUAUUACAUCGUUUCAGAACGAAUUGGUUAAUUGAUUUUAGUGAUGAAAAUGAACAAUAUCUAUUGAAAACGUUUCCACGAAAUUUUUCAUUAUUAAAUUGUAGCUGUGCAAUCUCAUCAGAUUGUAGUGAACCAUUGGUCGCAGAUAUUGUUACUGGUUGUUUUCCAUAUGAUGGAUUUCGUUUAUCAAAAUCUGAAAAUUUUUCAUUGGGAGUGUUAAGUGAUCAAUUAUUUGUAGAAGCAUGGAAAAAUGGUAGUAAUUAUACAACUUAUUUUCAAACAUGUCAGCCAUUAGAAUGUCAAUAUACAUUACCAAAUAAUAAGCUGUUAAUUAUAUUAAUAAAUCUUUUGGGCUUGUACGGAGGUUUAACAUAUGGUUUACGUUUGAUUGUUCAUGAAUCAUUACUUGCUUAUCGGUGGCGGACAAAAAAUAUAACAAAAAAUAAAACACAAACGAAACUAGUUGAAAAGUACUCGUAUGGAAUCAUAAAAUUAUAA